AUGAAUGUCUACAACUCAUUUCGUUAUGAAGCGGAACAUGUAGCUCCAAAUUUCGAUGCGAUAGAACAAGAAUCAUUAAAUUUCGACUCAUCAUAUGAUUCUUCACUUUCAGCCAAUAGUAAUGCGAUAGUGUCCAAUGAAAUUACCUCAAGAUCAUCACAACAAUCCUUACUCAAGAAAUCACCGCCUGUGACAACAAACAUUAACGUCACGGUUACUUCUAUUGAAGAUGAAUCGAAAUUGACUCAUAAUUAUUCUCAACAGCAUUUAAUUAUUAAACUUCCUUUCCCUCCAAUAAUUGACAAUGAUAACUUAAUUAAACAGAAUUGUGUUAAACCCUUAACUGCUUAUAUCGUUUAUCGUUACGUUUAUAUUAAAGAGCUUCGUUCACGAAACGUUAAUUUCCAAAUAACACGAAUAUCACAUGUUAUUGGUGACUCUUGGAAAAAGGAACCGAAAAUUGUAAAAGAAGAAUAUAAAAAACUCGCAGAGAAUGCAAAUAAUCGAUAUAACUUUAAAUACCAGCAAAGACAACUAUUACAAUUACCUGUAAAUCAAUCGUCUUCUCCUGCUACUGCCUCAGAAUCACUUCCAACUUAUUUAAAUAAUUCACCAUCUUCUACAUCAGCGAUAGAACAAGAAGAAUUAUGUAAUUCAUUAAGCACUUAUCAAAACAACUUGACGCCAUCUAACGAGAAUACAAUCGAUAAACAGACUACAUCUAAGGUUUAUAGAACUAAACGCACUGCAGCUUGCAAUCUUUGUAGAAAAAAAAGAGUUGGAUGUAAAUAUUCUGGCAAUGGUCCAUGCGAACUAUGUGUCAAAUCUAAUUAUGAAUGUCAAUUCGAGGAACAGAAAAAGAGAGGCCCUAAACCUGGUAAAAAAAUUAAAUCGAAUACUUCUUGGGAAGGUUUUCAAAAUUUAAGUAAUAAAUACAUACAAGAAGCUCGUAAAUUCGGAAUUAAUGUUACUGGAAUCAUCAUUCACCCAGGCAUUUCAGAUACAUCAAAUUAUACAUUACAAACCUCAGAAAUAAUUACAGAUUUGGGAUCAACAUCGCUUGUGGAAGAAUCAAAUUUUCAGAUAUAUUCUCCUGAAUUCACGAUUCAAACGUCACCUUUACCAACUUUCUCUUCAAUCGACUAUGGAACGUUAAACAACCAAUUAACUUCGAUGCCUGUUAACUGUAUUUUGGAUGAUAAAGACCAAUAUUUUACAAACAAUAUGUGA